AAAUCUCUUUACCUUUCACACUAUAUAACAUCUCUCUAUAAACCCAGAAAAAAACCCUUUUCCUCUCUCACUCAAAAUUAUAAUGUAAUGUAAUAUAUUUGAAAAUUAAGAAGGAAAAAAGAAGAAGAGAUUUUGAUUGUUUCUUUGUUUUGUCAUGGCGACGACUCAGAAACUUGUGGUAGAAGUGGUUGAUGCACGUAAUUUAGUACCCAAAGAUGGUCACGGGACGUCGAGUCCUUACGUUGUGGUCGACUACUACGGACAGAGGAAGCGGACAAGGACGGUUACCAGGGACAUAAACCCUACAUGGAACGAGGUUCUUCAGUUCAAUGUCGAAAAACCCUCUGAUGUUUUCAGUGACAUGCUUGAACUUGAUGUUUAUCAUGAUAAGAAUCAUGGGCCAACCAGUAGGCAAAAUUCCCUGGGAAGGCUGAAGUUGAGUUCGGGACAGUUCGUUAAGAAGGGUGAAGAAGCUUUGAUUUAUUAUCCUUUGGAGAAGAAAUAUUUGCUUAGUUGGAUUCGUGGUGAGAUUGGUUUGAAGAUUUAUUAUGUUAAUGAUGUGCCGCCACCUCCUCCUCCGCCUGUUGAGGAGGCGAAAGCGGAGGAGGGAAAGGUGGAGCCGCCUUCAGAUAAUGCAGCGGCCCCUGUACCGUCUAACCAACAACCACCACCAGCUGAGGUGAAGCCUGAUGACAAUGCUGCAAGUCCGCCUGCGGACGGUGAGUCCGUGAAGGCUGUUGAAGCUGCGCCAGUGGGAGAAGAAAAGGGUGAAGCUGAAGGCGAGAAGCCAGCAGAAGGAUAUGAUCAGGUGGAGCCAGAAGCAGAUUCGAAAUCCGUACAAGCUGAUGAUCAUGAUGAUGAUAUUGUACUUGAUCCUACAUCAGCCAAUUGGGUCCCGCCGCCACAGUCGGGUAUCAUGGCAUCAGCUACAUCCGGGUCUAUUCCGGAAAUCAGAGUUACACGAACCACCUCUGCUCCGCCGCCACUCACACGGCCAGCAACCCCUGCCAGUUAUGUUUCCUCCGUGGACCCACCUGAUCACACUCGGAUCGAACGGUCCUCGUUUGAUCUUGUUGAAAAAAUGCAUUACGUUUUCGUCAAAGUAGUGAAAGCAGGCAGCCUACCCACCAAUGGAAACCCCACCGUUAAGAUCGCCAUCGCGGGUUGCCACGUGACAUCAAAACCAGCUCGAAAAGCCAAGUAUUUUGAGUGGGACCAAACAUUUGCCUUCGCCCGCGACACACCGGAAACUUCCUCGUUUCUAGAAGUGUCUGUUUGGGCCGAUGCGGGUGGCGCCAAUUUCUUAGGCGGGGUUUGUUUCGACGCGACGGAGAUUCCUUUACGAGACCCACCGGACAGCCCCUUGGCGCCGCAAUGGUAUAGGUUGGAAGGAGGUGGAGCUCAUAGAGGUGAUCUAAUGCUUGCUACUUGGAUCGGAACCCAGGCUGACGAAGCAUUUCCUGAUUCGUGGAAAUCGGACGCCGCCGGUAACCUUGUGAAUUCUCGCGCCAAAAUAUAUCUCUCUCCUAAGCUUUGGUACCUUCGAGCUUCCGUCCUCGAAGCGCAAGAUAUUUUGCCAUUGACGGCGUUGAAAGAAGGCUCAUUUCAAAUGAAAGCGCAAUUGGGAUUCCAAGUGCAGAAAACUAAAGCUUCUGUUUCUCGUAACGGAAAUCCAUCAUGGAAUGAAGAUCUCAUGUUCGUAGCCGCCGAGCCAUUUGCCGAACAUUUAAUAUUCUAUCUCGAGUACCGCCAACAGAAAGGACCGGUGACACUAGGAGUCGUCGGAAUCCCGCUGACCUCCAUUGAACGUCGUGUCGAUGAUCGGAAAGUGAUAUCUCGAUGGUUCAAUCUCGAGGAUCCAAAAAGUGAUAAGAAAGGCUACAAAGGCAGAGUACAUUUGAGCCUAUGUUUUGACGGCGGAUAUCACGUGAUGGAUGAGGCGGCGCACGUCUGCAGCGAUUACCGGCCGACUGCAAGACAGUUGUGGAAACCGCCGGUCGGGACACUUGAGCUUGGGAUCAUUGGUUGUAAGAAUUUGCUGCCGAUGAAAACUAUAAACAGUAAAGGGUCCACGGAUGCAUACACCGUGGCAAAAUACGGGGCGAAAUGGGUCCGAACUCGUACAGUGUCCGAUUCUUUAGAUCCGAAAUGGAAUGAGCAGUACACGUGGAAGGUAUAUGAUCCAUGUACGGUGUUGACAAUAGGUAUGUUCGAUAGUUGGGGAGCAUUGGACACCGACAGUGGAAAAGAAGCCACGCGUCCUGACUUCCGUAUGGGAAAGGUACGAAUACGCGUAUCUACUUUGGAAACCGGUAAGGUGUACAAAAAUACAUAUCCGUUGGUGAUGCUGGGUAAUACCGGGGUACAAAAAAUGGGUGAGCUGGAGGUGGCUGUAAGGUUUGUCCGUGCAGCUCCAACCCUAGAUUUCUUACACGUGUACUCUCAGCCUUUGUUACCGUUGAUGCACCAUAUAAAGCCUUUAGGAAUGCCCCAACAAGAGAUGUUGAGGAGCACAUCCGUGAAAAUCUUGGCCGCACACUUGUCGCGAUCAGAGCCACCACUGAGGAGUGAAGUGGUACGUUACAUGCUCGAUGCCGACUCACACACGUUCAGCAUGCGAAAAGUACGUGCGAAUUGGUCAAGGAUAGUCAAUGUGCUAUCGUGUUUGAUCGAUAUGGUACGGUGGAUAGAGGAUACACGUAUGUGGAAGAAUCCAACGGCUACGAUACUUGUGCAUGCAUUGCUAGUGAUGCUGGUGUGGUUCCCUGAUUUGAUCAUUCCCACGUUGGCAUUUUAUGUGUUUGCGAUUGGAGUAUGGAACUAUAGGUUUAGAUCAAAGGAGAAAUUACCCCACUUUUGUCCUAAGAUGUCAUUGGCGGACAGCGUGGAUCGUGAUGAACUCGACGAAGAGUUCGAUACAAUGCCAAGCACCCGAUCGCCGGACAUUAUACGCACGAGGUAUGAUAAGUUACGCGCGAUCGGUGCACGUGUGCAAAACAUAUUAGGUGAUGUCGCCACGCAAGGCGAACGUGUACAAGCAUUGGUGACAUGGCGAGACCCACGUGCGACGGCCAUUUUUGUUGGAUUAUGUUUGAUGGUGGCAUUCGUGUUAUAUUUGGUACCACCAAAGAUGAUAGCAAUGGCAUUCGGGUUCUACUAUUUCCGGCAUCCCUUGUUCCGGGAUCGCAUGCCGUCACCGGCACUGAACUUCUUCCGAAGGCUUCCAUCUUUAUCCGACAAAAUAAUGUAGGGUUGUUAUCGUUUUUCCUUCAAUCUUUUUGUUAGUUUGACGUGCAACUUAUAUACAUAUAAUCUUUUUCUGGGUAAGCAAAAAAAUGGUGUUAUGAAAUAAGUUAGAAUUGUAUGAUAAAAGUGAAGAGCAUAGUUUUAUUUAUUUAUUUUGAUUAUCAA